AUGGGUGAAAUAGAGAAGAUGAAGCAGGAGGCUGAGCAGCUGAAGAAGCAGAUUGAGGAAGCCCGAAAAGCUUGUGCUGAUACUACACUUGCUCAGCUUGUUGCUGACAUGGAAGUGGUUGGGCGCAUACAGCUGCGGACAAGGAGAACUCUGCGUGGACAUCUGGCCAAGAUCUACGCUUGUCACUGGGCCACAGAUUCCAAACUUUUGGUCAGUGCUUCACAAGAUGGAAAACUCAUUGUAUGGGAUACUUAUACAACCAACAAGGUUCAUGCCAUCCCUCUCCGGUCUUCUUGGGUCAUGACCUGUGCCUAUGCUCCAUCAGGGAAUUUUGUGGCCUGUGGAGGUCUUGACAAUAUGUGCUCCAUCUAUAACCUCAAAAGUCGUGAAGGAAGUGUGAAAGUGAACAGGGAGCUCUCAGCUCACGCAGGCUACCUUUCUUGCUGCCGAUUCCUGGAUGACAAUAAUAUUGUAACUAGUUCUGGGGACACCACUUGCAUGCUGUGGGAUAUUGAGACAGGGCAGGCGAAGACCACAUUCAUAGGACACACUGGGGACUGCAUGAGCCUGGCUGUCUCUCCGGACUUCAAGCUUUUCAUUUCAGGAGCCUGUGAUGCCAGUGCCAAACUGUGGGACAUCCGAGAAGGAGCUUGCCGUCAGACAUUUACAGGACAUGAAUCAGAUAUCAAUGCAAUUUCAUUCUUCCCCAGUGGGGAAGCCAUCUGCACUGGUUCUGAUGAUGCCUCCUGUCGCCUCUUUGAUCUUCGGGCAGACCAAGAGCUCAUCAACUUUGCUCACGAGUCCAUUGUGUGUGGAAUUACUUCAGUGGGUUUCUCCCUCAGCGGGCGCCUCCUCCUGGCCGGAUAUGAUGAUUUUAAUUGCAAUAUCUGGGAUAGUUUGAAAGCAGAGCGUGUGGGCCUCCUGUCUGGACAUGAUAAUAGGGUGAGCUGUUUGGGAGUAACUGCAGAUGGCAUGGCUGCAGCGACUGGCUCUUGGGACAGUUUCCUGAAAGUUUGGAACUGA